GCGAGGAGCCGCCGCGGGACCGUCCGCCGGCGGGGCCGGCGCCGCUCGGGCUGCCCGGGCUGCCCAGGGCUCACGGGGCCGCCCCGGCGGGCGGGAAGAGCCGGGGCGGGCGGCGCCAUGGAGGAUGAAAUGCCCAAGACCCUGUACGUGGGGAACCUCUCCAGGGACGUGACGGAGGCUCUGAUCCUGCAGCUCUUCAGCCAGAUCGGACCCUGCAAGAACUGCAAGAUGAUCAUGGACGCUGGCACUGAUCCCUACUGCUUCGUGGAGUUCUACGAGCGCCGGCACGCGGCCGCAGCCCUGGCUGCCAUCAACGGCAGGAAGAUAAUGGGUAAGGAGGUCAAAGUGAACUGGGCCACCACCCCCAGCAGCCAGAAGAAAGACACCAGCAGUAAGGCAUCUUCAACCACUGAAUUCUCCUUUCUCUCUUUCCCCAAAGACCAUUUCCACGUCUUUGUUGGAGACCUCAGCCCUGAGAUCACAACUGAAGACAUCAAAGCAGCCUUUGCUCCCUUUGGAAGAAUCUCGGACGCGCGGGUGGUCAAGGACAUGGCCACGGGCAAGUCCAAGGGCUACGGCUUCGUCUCCUUCUUCAAUAAAUGGGACGCCGAGAACGCCAUCCAGCAGAUGGGGGGGCAGUGGCUCGGGGGCCGGCAGAUCAGGACCAACUGGGCCACCAGGAAACCUCCAGCUCCCAAGAGCACCUAUGACACAAACACCAAACAGCUGUCCUACGACGAGGUGCUCACGCAGUCCAGCCCCAGCAACUGCACCGUGUACUGCGGGGGGGUCACCUCGGGCCUCACAGAGCAGCUGAUGCGCCAGACCUUCUCCCCCUUCGGGCAGAUCAUGGAGAUCCGAGUGUUCCCGGACAAAGGCUACUCCUUCGUCAGGUUCAGUUCCCAUGAGAGCGCUGCCCACGCCAUCGUCUCCGUCAACGGCACCACCAUCGAGGGCCACGUGGUCAAGUGCUACUGGGGCAAGGAGACGCCCGACAUGGCCGGCCCUGUCCAGCAGGGCCAGCUGAGCUACGCGCCGCCCUACGGGCAGUGGGCUCAGUGGUACGGCGGUGCCCAGCUGGGCCAGUACGUGCCCAACGGCUGGCAGGUGCCCGCCUACGGCGUGUACGGCCAGGCCUGGAACCAGCAGGGCUUCGGGCAGAGCCCGUCGGCAGCGCCGUGGCUGAGCCCUGCCUACGGCGUGCAGGGCCAGAACGGCGCCGUGCUGCCCGCCCAGCCCGGCUUCCGCGUGGCCUUCGAGACCCCCUGA